ACGGGCAUGGCAAGCGUUGACUAUUUUUAUUAGCUGCUGUUCCAUGGCUCACCCUAAAGUCCACGGAUGCAACAGAAGAGAGCAUAAAAAUGUGUUAUGGCCAUCACAUUCAACUUUCACGCGCAGACUCCGUUUCUCGCCGCGCUGUUACAGUGCUCGGUGCUCUCUCUCGCUCUCUUCAUUCACUCGUUCAUGCGCAGAUAUCCAUCCUUCCCUCAACGUAGGACUACUAUACUAACCGCGGAAAGCUCGCGUCCCGCGGCUGGGAUUGGAGCACGCAACGCUGCACCGAGUUCUAUCGCGACUGUUCCUGGAAAUUUUGGGAUUGCGGCGGCUGCGAAUGAAAGGCCUUCGCGGCGAUGAUCGCACUGCCAUUCACUCUUGAUCUUGACCUAGUUCAGCCACCGUCAGGAAUUGUACCCUAGAACGUCUUCCUGUUUCGAAUUCGGAUCCACUAUUCCGAUCUUGCCGUGGCAGUGCAGUGCAUUACCGCAUCGCAUUGUAGUACCGCGGCAUUACCUCGUUCAAACUACCGCAUUCACCGUGACGGCCCGUGGCCGGGCCACCAUUGACGGCAUUGACGGCAUUGACGGCAUUGACGGCUUUGACGGCGGUGUGCGGCAUUUGUGCGCGGUGCGAGCUCGGGCGUCGUCGAGUCAGCCUGACGCGCGGACUACAAGCACGCUGGUCGCGUGGUCUUGCCGCGGUCACUGCGCGCCGAACAGCCCGUGCCGCUGCCUGCCGCGGCGUCGCGGCGGUACUGCUACGAGGCCUUCGGCUCUGACGCGGAUUUCCCGCCCGAAUGGAGGUCUGAGCUUUCCCCUUGACGAGGUGAAUCGCCGCGCGAGGAGAUGAUGCUCCGCACGCCACCGCGUCUUGCGCCGCCACCGCCGGUGCCUACUGCUGUCGCUGCUGCUGCCGCUGCUGCAGGUUGGAUGGUAAAAUUUGAGCCUGAGACGUCAAAUUUCGAUGGGAGGUGUUGGGAUGAGCAAUGUGCGGCCGCAUUGCAGCAAGAGCAGCAGCAGCCGCAGCAGCAGAAGCAGCAGCAGCACCAGCAGGAGCAGCAGGAGCAGCAGGAGCAGCAGGAGCAACGUGCCGCCGCAUUGCAGCAAGAGCAGCAGCAGCAGCAGCGGCAGCAGGAGCAAUGUGCCGCAUUCCAGGAAGAUCAACAGCAGGAGCAGCAAUGUGACAGCGGGUCACAGUGCGAGCAUCACUACCAACCUCUGACUCGGACCAGCCUGCCGCUCUGCUGGACAAAGCAGUUGGAGCCGCAGCGGCAGCUGUUCCAGCUGCCGCAGCCGCAGCACCAGCACCAGCAGCUGCAGCCGCAGCACCGGCACCAGCAGCCGCAGCCGCAGCACCAGCACCAGCAGCCGCAGCCGCAGCACCGGCACCGGCAGCCGCAGCAGCAGCACGAGCAGCCGCAGAAGCAACAGCACGAGGAGCUGCGGCACAGAAGUUUGAGCGUUUGGCAACUGCCGCCACCCAAGCAGGCACCUGGAUCGUGCGGCGUCUCGCCCAUGGGAGAAGUAUUUGAUGGACACUUGCUACGUCAUCAACUCCAACAGCAGCAGCAGCAACAAACAUCGUACUGCGAGCAGCACAAUGCCCCAAACGAGGGGUACAAAUGGAAGAAGACGUCGCACAAACGAAUAGCGGGUCAGCCUGUGAAGAGGCUCUACUUCGUCUGUGCGUCUAAGCACGUCACGGGUUGCCCGGCAAGAAAGAUUGAGGAUCGAGUGGCUGGCGAGGCCCGUCACCCGCGCCGGCUCAAGCUGACAGGCGGCGUUGGAAAAACUGCAGCCGUGGGGAAGACCACAACUGCCGCAAGAGAUGCAGCUACAACCAGAGCUACAGCUACAGCUGCUUCCGAAGCUGCAGCUACAACCGGAGUGGCUGUAGCAGGACGUGCAGAAGAAGUCGACACGGCGUCGGACAGGACGGAGAUGCGUGUGGUGGUGCGAGUGGCACAUUUUGGCUCGCACAACCACCCACCGCCCGUGUUGGAAGCUUCUAAAGCUCUUCUCUCUGGUCCUUCUGCCAUCAGCCUCCUUCCCACCCUAACUUGCCCCUCUGCUGCUACAGCCUCCAUCUCUGCUACAACCUGCGCUCCCGCUACAACCUGUGCUCCCGCUACAACCUGCGCUCCCGCUACAACCUGCGCUCCCGCUACAACCUGUGCUCCCGCUACAACCUGUGCUCCCGCUACAACCUGUGCUCCCGCUACAACCUGCGCUCCCGCAACGAACAGACUUUCCACCCCAACUUCUCCUGCCUUCCCGACGCCUCUUCCCCUUUCCUUUGCUCCUUUGCCUGCCCCCGCUUCCGCCCCUCUGGCUGUUGACGCGCCCCAAGCGGCGUGCUUCCAGCCUUCCCAAUCUCCGUUGGGGUCCAUCCCCUUGGAGCCAACGCACGGGUAUCCCGCCGCACCCUCCUGUGAUUCUCCUGCUACGCUGGCUCCUGCUCCUGCCGCGCUGGCUUAUGCUCCUGCCGCGACAAGCCCCCCGUACAGCAGCCAAGCCUCCUCCCCCCUGCUCCAUCGCCUUUCUCCUCUCCCUCCUCUCUCCACUACUCACCCCCCUCCUCUCCCUCCUCUUGCUCCGUUCUCCACCACUUAUCCCCUUCCUCGUCCUCCUCUUGCUCCUUCCUUCGCACAUUCUUCUGACAUCACCAACAGCAACAUCAACAGCAGGUGCUUUGUCACAAGCCAGUUACCAGUGGCGGCAGCGGCAUCGGCAGUGGCAGCACCAGCAACAGCGAAAGGAAACGCCUGUGCUGACAGCCCAAGGCUGGGCGUGCUGGAACCACAUCCGCUGCAACAGCAGCAGCAGCAGUACCAACAGCAGCAGCAGCAGCAGCAGCAGCAGCAGCAGCAGCAGCAGCAGCAGCAGCAGCAGCAUCAGCAGCAUCAGCAUCAGCAGCAUCAGCAGCGGCAGCAUCAGCAGCAUCAGCAGCAUCAGCAGCAUCAGCAGCAUCAGCAUCAGCAUCAGCAGCAUCAGCAUCAGCAGCAUCAGCAGCAUCAGCAUCAGCAGCAUCAGCAUCAGCAGCAUCAGCAUCAGCAGCAUCAGCAUCAGCAGCAUCAGCAUCAGCAGCAUCAGCAUCAGCAGCAUCAGCAGCAUCAGGAGCAGCCUCAGCAACAAUACCAGCACCAGCACCAGCACCAGCACCAGUACCGUCAGCACUUGCAGCAGCAGGCGCCUGCAUCUCUUCUUUGCAGCGAGCAACUACCAAUGCACAUGACUGGAUUUGCUCCCGAUGUAACUGCUCACGCUGCAGACCUUACAACUCAUUCACCUGACGUGACCGCUCAUGCUACUGAUGUUACAACUCAUUCUCCUGAUGUAACCGCUCAUGCUGCUGACCUUACAACUCAUUCACCUGACGUAACCGCUCAUGCUACUGACGUUACAACUCAUUCUCCUGAUGUAACCGCUCAUGCAACUGACGUUACAACUCAUUCUCCUGAUGUAACCGCUCAUGCUACUGACGUUACAACUCAUUCACCUGACGUAACCGCUCAUGCUACUGACGUUACAACUCAUUCUCCUGAUGUAACCGCUCACACAGCUGACAUUACAACUCCUUCCCCUGACUUAACUGCUCACUCUGCUGACGUUACAACUCAUUCUCCUGAUGUAGCCGCUUGCGCUGCUGGCGUUACAACUCAUUCUCCUGAUGUAACAGCUCACGUUGCUAUCACUGGUGCUACCUCUCAGGGGAGCGACGUUCAACCUCCUGUGGUCCCAUCUUUGCAGCGAAGCAACACAUUGCUAUGGCCAGCUGAUGGUGUUGCCAUGUCAGCACAUGAUGGCAUUGCCACGUCAGCUUGCAAUGGUGCUGCCACAUCAGCACGUGUAGCCACUGCAACAAAUUGCGUUGCCGUGUCAGCAUGUUGUGCCGAGGCUGGCCAAUAUGGGGCCGGCCAACAAGGGGCCGGCCAACAAGAGAUGGAGUAUGGGCAGAGGUCAGCAGCAAGUCAAUCUCAGGAGAAACCGAGUCAAGGGGUGCAGGAGUACCAACUGCCUUUGUUCCAAGCGUACUCGCAGCAGUGCUACCAGCCGCCACAGCAGCAGCUGCAGCAGCAAACUGGCUGCUUGGUGGGUGGUGGGGGAAGCAGCAACGGCCGUACCAUCAGCAGCCGAGGCUAUACAGUGGAGUUUGACACGGAACAGUGCAGCCUAUUUUCUGUACCCCCUAUAAGCAGGCUCGACAGUAGCAGCGCUUGCGGCACCAACACCAGUAAGAUGCAGUCUGAUGGUAGGAGCAGCAGCCUCUCGACUUCCUGUAGCAGCACCAGCAGCAGUCUCCCUCAACUGUGCAACCGACUCUGCACUGACAACGGUGUCAUUAUCAACAGCCGCACGAUUGACCCUAUUAACUGGGUAAACCGGAUUAACAAGAUUAAUGGGAUUAAUUGGACUGACCAGAACCACCCUACGGACCCUAUAGACGGGCACAACAGCAUGGUGAGCAGUGGCAGCAGCAUGAGCAUCGUAACUAACAUAAGCAGCAUCAAUGGCUGCUUCAUGGAUCCAUGGUCGGAUACCGACACAGCAGUCAUCGGACAGCACCUGGAAGCUCCCUCUGCUGCUGGUGUGUGCCUGGAUGACCUGUACUUGGUACCAGAUGACGUCACCAAGGUCCCGGGCGGCAUCGGCAACAUGAGGGAGUGCCAAGUCAUCAUAGGGUUUGGAGAUUCAGAUCUGAUGCACUUGCCUGCUGCGCAUGGCUGUGAUGACAUGGAUCUUGUACUGUUUGAUUGCUCAUGCUAGGUGUUGCUUCAAAGCGGUGUAAAACUGUCGUGAAGAUACUAUGUUAGUAAUCUUUUGCAUUAGGUUCAUGGCUUACCCUAUUCCCCCGGAUAAAACACCCUAGGGUGG